AUGCAGCGCGGCUGCGCGGCAACAAAGUCCAGAGUUUUAGACUUGCGGAGCGGCUGCAUGCAGCACGGCAGUGCAGACUUGCAGACUCGCGAAGCUUCAGUGAAACGGCAGCGCCGGUGCUACACACGCGAACUCAUCGGUCGGACGCGCACACCCGGCAACAUUUUCGAAUGUUCGUUCCGUGGCCACCGUCCACCAUGGAGUCCCCCUGCGACCGAUGACUGCUUUACGCUCAACGACACAGCCAUAGUCACCGACUGCGAUGGCCUGGGAGCGAAUGCCAGUUGGCGCACGCCUUCUCCAGAAGGGGCACCAUACUGGAACCAGACGCCACUGCAGUUGCCUCCCGAUCACGUGUACUUCGAAUACCCCGAAGAGAUGCUGGUGCCGUGGGUGAUGAACGAGUACUUCUUCUUCAUCGUGGUUACGUACUUGGUGACUUUCGCCAUAGGCGUGAGCGGCAACUUGGUGGUGAUUUCGGUGAUGGCUGGCGACAAGUCUUCGAGGAACGUCACCAGUGUCUUCCUUUCAGCCUGGCCUGUGUCAGAUCUGCUCCUACUGACCAUCUGUGCACCACUGGACGUUGCUCACUACUUCGUAGUCCGGUGGGACGCGAGCGGCACGGUGUGUAAACUGGCUGCUUACGCCGAGACGGUGUCUGCUUUCGCUUCAGUGCUCAACAUGGUCGCAGUCACGCUUGAAAGGUUCGUGGUGAUUGUGUUCCCCAUCCACUCUCGCACGGUGUGCACCAUGAGCAACUGCAAGAGGCUGAUGUGGGGCGUUUGGCUCGUAUCCCUUGUCGUUGCCCUGCCGAUGCUCUUCGUGAAGAACGUGAUCCAGACAACUUUCACUAACCUGCGGGUGAACGUCACCAUCUACAGUUGCAAGGACGAACACGACUGGCAGGGUCAGUCGGUGUCCUGGUAUCGCCUAGUCACGCUUUUCGCUCUCCCCUCGGUCGUCAUGAUCGUCUGCUAUUCAUGGGUCAUCCUGGAACUUUGGGUCAGCACCAAGACCAUGGACCAGCUCACUCAGUCCGCAAAGUUCAGCUACCAAUGCCAGGCACCCACAACGCCCAGACUGGGCUCCCUCCCUAGCCCAGGACCACAGCAGCCAAACUGCAGACUCAUUCUUCGGGGUCACGCCAACUCUGAUAUAAGGGACGUCAAGAGAGCGCGCCAACAGGUCAUCAAGAUGCUGAUACUUGUGGUGAUCCUCUUCCUGCUGUGCUGGGGUCCCCGGCUCGUCAUGGAGAUCGUCAUCAAGUGCUGCCUCAACGUGUUCAACCACGGCGUGUACGCCGUGCGCGUACUCUUCUACUUGCUGCCGUUCGUGCACAGCUGCCUGAACCCCAUCGUGUACUGCUUCAUGUCCAGCAAGUUCCGUCGUCGCAUGGUGCGGUGCUGUCACCGCACCUGCUUCGAGCCGCGCUGCCGCGUCAAGUCCACCACCACAAACAACCGCUGCUCGUCCCGCAACGGCACGACGCGGCUCGGUUCCACGUACACCUUCACAUCGUACGCCACAUCGACGGUGGCCAUACCGCACUCGAUGACGCAGCUACCGGGCGACUCGCUCGCCUUGUGACAGUCGCCGUGCCCGCCGCUGCACCAGCGCGGCGCUACGCAGCUGCACGCCGUCAAGGGAGCCAAAAAGAGGAGUGCCAAGCAGCACAAUCGCUGCAGGGACACAACCAUUGAGGACUUUUUGUGAGCACGCAAGGACCUCUCGCGUUUGCGCGGAAAUGUAAUGCACUAGUGAACGUCGUAGAUGCGUGAGUAACCUAUCCAUGACAACUGAGAAGCGCUGGCCAUUGAAUCGCAAGUGGGAUCGUGCCAGACCGUACGUCUCACCUUAAGAUGAAUAGUCCAAGGACACCGGCCGGAUACUCUUCAACAAGACUCGACCCUGAUUUGCACAGUGUUGUUGUUACACACUGACGAGGCCAGUUAUAGAUGUUUGAGGUGCGUUCGGGAUAUACUGUAUGUGUGUUAAGGGACAUUAUUCAGGAGAUGAUGUGCAGAAAAAGCCAUUCAUCAGGGACAAAUCCAUGCAAAAUAGAGAAAAUA